UUAAUAAAAUUAGGAUUUAUUGUUUCACCUUAUGAUGAAGCAGUAUUUAUACUUAAUAAAAAUAGCUAUAAAGCUAUAAUAUGUUACCAUAUAGACGAUAUAUUACUAGCAGCUAAUAAUACUGCUACUAGUGAUUAUAUAUAUAAUAUAUUAAGGCAAUAUAUAAAAAUACAAAUAUUAGGGGAGCCUAGUACCUUUUUAGGCUAUGAGUUUGAAAUAGAUAGACCUAAUAAGUCUUUCUUUAUGCAUCAAACUAAAUAUACACAAAAAAUAUUAAAUAAAUAUAAUAAAAUAAAUAUAAAUCCAUCUAUAACUCCUAUGAGAGAUAAUAUAAAACUAUAUAUAAAUAAAUAUUAUGCUUCUAAAGAAGAAAUUCUACAGUUUCAACAGCAAAUUGGAGCACUUUUAUAUCUAGCUUUAAAAACUAGAUUUGAUAUAGCUCUAGCUGUUAUAAUAUUAUCAAGAUAUACAACAAACCCUUCUAAAGAGCAUUUUAUAGCUCUAGAUUACCUAUAG